AUGACGGCCAACGGCGCUACCAAACAGAAUCCCCUCCCCCACGGCGUCUACGUUCCCACCGUCGCAUUUUUCCGCCCGGACGAGGAGGUCGACCUGCCGACUGUCGAGAGACACGCCGCCUACCUGGCCCGCAGCGGGGUGACUGGUCUGGUCACCCAGGGGAGUAAUGGAGAGGCGGUGCAUCUGGAUCGUGAGGAGCGUCGGGCCAUCACCGCUGCGACUCGUCGCGCGGUGGAUGCAGCCGGCUACACAUCAAUGCCCGUGAUCGCUGGCUGUGGCGCUGCGUCAACACGCGAGACAGUUCAAUUCUGCCAGGACUCCGGCGCCGCGGGCGCCGACGCCGUGCUGGUCUUGCCGCCGAGCUACUACAAGGCGCUGGUGAAUGCGGAAGCCCUUCACGCCCACUUCCGGGCCGUGGCCGAUGCCUCCCCGGUGCCAGUGUUGAUUUACAACUUCCCGGGAGCGUCGUCGGGGCUUGACCUCAGCUCCGACGAUAUUUUGUCCCUGUCGCAGCAUCCUAACAUCAUCGGGUGCAAGCUCACCUGCGGCAACACAGGUAAACUGGCGCGCAUCGCGGCGAGUGCCAAGCCGGACUUCCUGACCUUUGGCGGGUCUGCCGAUUUCACGCUGCAAACCCUCAUCGCGGGCGGCGCGGGCAUCAUCGGCGGCGUUGCCAAUCUCAUCCCGCGAUCGAGCGUGCGAGUCCUGGAGUUGUACCGCAGCGGAAAGGUUGAAGAGGCCCAGAAGGUGCAGGCGGUGGUCGCCCGUGCCGACUGGGCUGCAAUUCAUGGGGGGUUUAUCGCGGUCAAGAGCGCGUUGCAGUCGUAUCACGGGUACGGUGGGCUGCCUCGGCGGCCCUGCGUGGUACCGUCCGAGAAGGCUGCGGCAGCCAUUCAUGAGGAGUUUCGGGAGGGCAUGGAUUUGGAACAAGCACUCGAAAAGGCGGCGUAA